AUGAAGGUUAAUAUUCUCUUACUCAUCUGUGUAGUUUCCGGCAUUCUCGUGGCCUGCGAAGGAGGCCAGCUGAGGAAGUGUUUCUACGAAAAGACCUGUCCUUCGGCCGAGAAUAUUGUCAGAGAUGUCACCUGGAACCAUGUCUCUAGUAAUCCCAGAUUGCCUGCAAAGCUAUUGAGAAUGCAUUUCCACGACUGUUUUGUCAGGGGUUGUGAUGGCUCAAUUUUGUUGAAUUCAACAGCAAACAACACGGCUGAGAAGGCAGCAGUUCCAAACUUAACCUUGUCAGGUUUUGAUGUCAUCGACGAUAUCAAAGAAAAUCUAGAGCGGAAGUGUCCAGGAGUUGUCUCUUGUGCUGACAUCUUGGCUUUGGCUGCUAGGGACUCCGUUUCGUUCCAAUACAAUAAAUCGAUGUGGGAAGUGCUCACGGGGAGAAGAGACGGCACAAUUUCUCUAGUUAGGGAGGCCUUGAUUAACAUUCCGGCACCUAGGUUCAAUUUCACCCAACUCAAACAGAGUUUUGCCAGCAAGAAUCUUACCGUGCAUGACCUUGUGGUUUUAUCAGGUGGACACACAAUUGGAGUAGGCGGCUGCCCAACCUUCAGCAACAGGCUCUACAACUUCACCGGAAAGGGUGAUCAGGACCCUUCUUUGGAUGCAACCUAUGCUGCAUUCCUGAAGACCAAAUGCCGAAGCCUCAACGACACUACAACAUUCGUGGAAAUGGAUCCCGGGAGCGCUCGAAACUUUGACAGCAGCUACUACACCGUCGUCAAGCAGCACAAGGGUCUCUUCCAAUCUGAUGUAGCCCUUUUAACAAACAAGGGUGCCAGCAAUAUCGUCACAGAAUUGGAGGACCGUAACAAGUUCUUCACGGAGUUUGCACAGUCAAUGAAAAGGAUGGGAGCCGUUGAGGUCCUUACAGGCACGUCCGGCCAGAUCAGGAAGAAAUGUUGGGCUGUGAAUUCCAGUUAA